AAGUGUGGUUCAGCCAUCGCCCUAACCUUGGGGGAGAGAGGGGGGAGCAGAGACAGAGGAGCUGUGACCCUGUCUGUAAGCACCAUCCUCACUGUUCCUGCGUGUGGAGAUUGGGCUCAUUCUCACUGGCUUGGCUGCCGUUUGGUGUCUGAGCAACGCCUGUUGUGACAUACUCAGCAGAUAGUCAUCAGAGGUACCUGUGAGCGCUGCCGCUGUUAAUGCUGUUGCUGUUGACGGGAAGAUGACGACGCAUGUGACGCUGGAGGACGCUCUGUCCAACGUGGACCUUCUGGAGGAGCUGCCGCUGCCCGACCAGCAGCCAUGUAUCGAGCCCCCACCCUCCUCCAUCAUGUACCAGGCCAACUUUGACACUAACUUUGAGGAUCGCAACGCGUUUGUCACUGGGAUCGCAAGGUAUAUCGAGCAGGCAACAGUGCACUCCAGCAUGAACGAGAUGCUGGAGGAAGGACAUGAGUACGCAGUCAUGCUCUACACCUGGAGGAGCUGCUCUCGAGCCAUCCCACAGGUAAAGUGCAAUGAACAGCCGAACAGGGUGGAAAUUUACGAGAAGACAGUGGAGGUGCUGGAGCCCGAGGUCAAUAAACUGAUGAAGUUCAUGUAUUUCCAGCGGAAGGCCAUUGAGCGGUUCUGUGGUGAGGUGAAGCGGCUGUGUCAUGCUGAACGGCGUAAGGACUUUGUGUCGGAGGCAUAUCUGCUGACGCUCGGCAAGUUCAUCAACAUGUUCGCUGUCCUGGACGAGCUGAAGAACAUGAAAUGCAGUGUCAAGAAUGAUCACUCUGCAUACAAGAGAGCUGCCCAGUUCUUAAGGAAAAUGGCGGAUCCCCAAUCCAUUCAGGAAUCACAGAACCUCUCCAUGUUCCUGGCAAAUCACAACCGCAUCACUCAGUGUCUACACCAGCAGUUGGAGGUGAUCCCAGGCUAUGAGGAGCUGCUGGCUGACAUUGUAAAUAUCUGUGUGGAUUAUUACGAGAACAAAAUGUACCUGACGCCCAGCGAGAAGCACAUGCUAUUAAAGGUGAUGGGCUUUGGCCUGUACCUGAUGGACGGGAACGUCAGUAACAUAUACAAGCUGGACGCCAAGAGGAGGAUUAACCUGAGCAAGAUCGACAAGUUCUUCCGGCAGCUGCAGGUGGUGCCACUGUUUGGAGACAUGCAGAUUGAGUUGGCCAGAUACAUUGAGACCAGCGCUCACUAUGAGGAGAACAAGUCUAAGUGGACAUGCACACAGACCAGUGUCAGCCCCCAGUACAACAUCUGUGAGCAGAUGGUCCAGAUCCGGGACGAUCACAUUCGCUUCAUCUCAGAGCUGGCUCGUUACAGUAACAGCGAGGUUGUGACGGGCUCAGGGCUGGACAGCCAGAAGUCGGAUGAGGAAUACCGGGAGCUGUUUGACCUGGCGUUACGAGGGCUGCAGCUGCUGUCAAAGUGGAGCACACAUGUGAUGGAAGUGUACUCCUGGAAGCUGGUUCAUCCGACAGACAAGUUCUGUAACAAGGAAUGCCCAGGCACGGCAGAGGAGUAUGAACGAGCCACUCGCUACAACUACACGAGUGAGGAGAAGUUUGCUCUGGUGGAGGUGAUUGCGAUGAUUAAGGGGCUGCAGGUGCUGAUGGGGCGGAUGGAGAGUGUCUUUAACCAAGCGAUUCGCAACACUAUCUACGCGGCUCUGCAGGACUUUGCUCAGGUCACACUGCGGGAGCCCCUGCGCCAAGCAACUCGCAAAAAGAAAAACGUGCUGAUCAGUGUGUUGCAGGCCAUCAGGAAGACUAUCUGUGACUGGGAGAGCGCCCGCGAGCCACCAAAUGACCCCUGUCUGAGGGGAGAGAAAGACCCCAAAGGUGGCUUCGACAUUAAGGUGCCCCGUCGUGCGGUUGGACCGUCCAGCACUCAGCUCUACAUGGUGCGCACAAUGCUGGAGUCGCUCAUUGCUGAUAAAAGUGGCUCCAAGAAAACCCUCCGCAGCAGCCUGGAUGGUCCCAUCGUCACUGCCAUUGAGGACUUCCACAAGCAAUCCUUCUUCUACACUCACCUCCUCAAUGUGAGCGAAUCCCUCCAGCAUUGCUGUGAUCUCUCACAGUUGUGGUUCCGUGAGUUUUUCCUGGAGCUGACGAUGGGCCGCAGGAUCCAGUUCCCCAUCGAGAUGUCGAUGCCAUGGAUCCUCACUGACCACAUCCUGGAGACCAAGGAACCAUCCAUGAUGGAGUACGUGCUGUAUCCCCUGGACCUGUACAACGACAGUGCGUACUACGCUCUGACAAAGUUCAAGAAACAAUUCCUGUACGACGAGAUUGAGGCUGAGGUCAAUCUCUGCUUUGAUCAGUUUGUCUAUAAAUUGGCCGAUCAGAUUUUUGCUUAUUACAAGGCUAUGGCCGGCAGUGUUUUACUGGACAAACGUUUCCGAGCAGAGUGUAAGAACUAUGGAGUGAUCAUUCCGUACCCACCAUCUAACAGAUAUGAGACAUUACUGAAACAGAGACACGUGCAGCUGUUGGGGAGAUCGAUUGACCUGAACCGCCUGAUCACACAGCGUAUCUCCGCGGCCAUGUACAAGUCACUGGAUCAGGCCAUCAGCAGGUUUGAGAGCGAGGACCUCACCUCUGUCGUGGAGCUGGAGUGGCUGCUGGAUGUGAACCGCCUGACCCACCGGCUGCUGUUCAAACACAUGACACUGGACAGCUUUGAUGCCAUGUUCCGCGAGGCGAACCACAACGUGUCUGCCCCCUAUGGCCGGAUCACGCUGCACGUCUUCUGGGAGCUCAACUUCGAUUUCCUGCCCAACUACUGCUACAACGGCUCCACCAACAGGUUUGUGCGCACGGCUAUUCCCUUCACGCAGGAGCCACAGAGAGACAAGCCGGCCAACGUGCAGCCAUAUUACCUGUACGGCUCCAAGCCGCUGAACAUUGCCUUCACCCACAUCUACAGUGUUUACCGUAACUUUGUGGGGCCCCCCCACUUCAAAACUGUGUGCCGACUGCUUGGCUACCAGGGCAUCGCAGUGGUGAUGGAGGAGCUGCUCAAGAUCGUCAAAAGCCUGCUACAGGGAACCAUCCUGCAGUACGUGAAGACUCUGAUCGAGGUGAUGCCCAAGAUCUGUCGCCUCCCGAGGCAUGAAUACGGGUCCCCAGGGAUCCUGGAAUUCUUCCAUCACCAGCUGAAGGACAUCAUUGAGUACGCAGAGCUGAAGACGGACGUAUUCCAGAGUCUACGUGAGGUGGGCAACGCCAUCCUCUUCUGUCUGCUCAUUGAACAGGCACUGUCUCAGGAGGAGGUGUGUGACCUGCUGCACGCGGCCCCAUUCCAGAACAUUCUGCCGCGUGUCUUCAUCAAAGAGGGCGAGAGACUGGAGGUGAGGAUGAAAAGACUGGAAGCCAAGUAUGCUCCCCUCCACCUGGUGCCACUCAUCGAGAGGCUGGGAACAGCACAGCAAAUCGCAAUUGCCCGGGAAGGAGACCUACUGACAAAGGAGCGACUGUGCUGUGGGCUGUCCAUGUUCGAGGUGAUUCUGACGCGGGUGCGGAACUAUCUUGCUGACGCUGUGUGGAAGGGACCGCCUGCCAGCAACGGGGUGAUGCAUGUGGACGAGUGUGUGGAGUUCCACCGGCUCUGGAGCGCGAUGCAGUUCGUCUACUGUAUCCCCGUGGGCACCAACGAGUUCACCGCAGAGCAGUGUUUCGGGGACGGCCUGAGCUGGGCGGGCUGCUCCAUCAUCGUGCUCCUCGGGCAGCAGCGUCGCUUUGACCUGUUUGAUUUCUGUUACCAUCUGCUGAAGGUGCAGCGUCAGGAUGGCAAGGACGAGAUCAUAAAGAACGUGCCCCUGAAGAAGAUGGCGGACAGGAUCAGGAAGUAUCAGAUCCUGAACAAUGAGAUCUUCGCGAUGCUGAACAAGUACCUGAAAUCCGUGGAGAAUGACAGCUCCACUGUGGAGCAUGUGCGCUGCUUCCAGCCGCCCAUCCACCAGUCGCUGGCCACCACCUGCUAGCCCUCCCCCACCCAACAGCCCCCUCACCCGCGGCUAACGGCGUCUCUCACAUUCCCUGUGGACCGCCCAGUGCUGCUGCUUAGCUCAUUUGAUGGCCAGUCGUGGCUUUGGUUUCAGUCGGUUAUGUGUGUCAUGGUGUAACUGACCCCCAUCACAAUCGGCUUCAGGAGGAGAGUUCUGGAAAGUUCCACCACUGUAGGCCAUAGGUCCAGACAUUCUCCUCCGCCAUCUCCAAUGGGCGGGCUGCUCCUGUUUGAUUUCUGUUGCCAUCACAUGAGUGAGCUCAAACCUGACCUCUGCAUCAGCGGCCAUUGAUGGUGAUCACCCUCUGCCUCCAUCUUACUCUGACCUGCAGCGGGCAUCCCCGCCAAUCGGGGAGUGAGGGAGGGUCCAAGCCGGGGUCUGGGCUGGGUGCCCUGCACUAGAGGUCUAACUGUGGAGUCCUGUCUGUGGGGGGGAGGGGGUUGGAGGCUGAUUCACUGGGGAAUGGGAGAGUUGUUUGAUGAGGCAAUGGAUUGAGGUGAACAAGAGAGAAGCUGUGGAAUUCCUGUUUUAUUUAUUGUUUACUCUGUGACUAGCCAGAGGGUCAUAUUCCUGUGUUGUUCUGAUUCCUCAGCCCGACAGUCUGCGGUUUGAUUAAAGAUAUUUGUAAACUUCGGCUCCGGCCAGUGACCUGUGUCCCUCUCUCUCUAUUCUCACUCUCUCUCACUCUAUGUUCCUCUCUCAGUGUUCUUUCUCAUUCUCUCUCUGUUUUCUCUCUCUCUGCCCAGCACUUUGCCAUUUACACUGUGAGAAUGUUUGAGACGUGUAAUGUUGUGUUACUUGUGACGUUGUGUGUGCUACUUUGCUGAAGAGAAAGUUUAUUAGUGGAACUAGUUUCUUAAUGUUGUGGUGAAUUAUAACUUUUUAAUAUAAAUUAUUCUUUAUUUGA